AUGGCUCCCUCGGGGCCCCUUAAACGCAAGCAGUCUCCCCACCAUAGCAAUCCUCCCCCAUCCGCUAAGCGUGCAGCCAAACGCGUCAAAACCUCUUCAGCCAGAAACAUCCUCGCCCAGACUUCCGACAAAGCCUUGAGCAAGAAUGGCGAUCUUGACGUAUCCGCCUUCGUCAAGGCUCGCGAGUUUGAGAUCAAAGCAAUGGCUGCGAGCAUGGGGGCUUCGAAAAACAGCCUUUCUACGAGAGCGUUCCAGCAGGUGCCGAAGGAUCUGAGGAGAAGGACAGCUAGUCAUAAUGUGAAGAGGGUGCCCAAGAGGCUCAGAGCGAGGGCAGCAAAGGAGAUGAAGGAAGAUAAUGCGCCAACGGUAACGGCUCGUCGAAGAAAGCCAACACCCCACCAGAGACUCCGACUCGAGAAGGCAAAGAAACUCAAAGAGCUGGGCGCUCUGACUAAGAAGAAGCGUGCUGCGGCAAAGACGCAAAAGCCUGGGGAAACAGAUCCUGAAAAGAUGGUGGCUAUUGUUCCUCGAUCACGCAAGCUCAAGAAAGAUACCCUUGCAAAACCUGCAAACCCUCCAGCCAAAUUCCGCAAACGCCAAGUCCAUAAGCAGUGGCUUCCUACACAUCUGUACCAUGCAAAGAGAGCGCAUAUGACUCCGCCGAAGGAGCCAUUAUGGCGAUUUGCGAUACCCUUGACGCCGACGGAUAAAUGCUAUAGGCCUACGCAUCGUGCUGCAUCUUUGAGAGGCUGUGUUGCUUGGGAUACGAGCUAUAUAAGCACUAUUGGAAUCGAGGGGGUUGAACCCAGUCUGUUGGGGCUACUGAAGGGUAUUGGAGUAGAGGAGAACAUGCUUGUUGGGAAGAGGGAGGCGAAAUGGAGGAGAGGUACUAGAGGCUGGGAAGGUUGGAUUAGGGAGAGAGAUGGCGAGAGGAUGUGGAUCUCUAGAGUUGGCAUUGUGUGGUGUUUUGAUGCCUCGCCCGCAGAAGAUCAAGGAAAAUCUGGACAAGAAAGACAGAUCGAUAAGGAGAAAGGAACCGAACUAGAGACAGAGCCCGAACCGAAGAGCGGAGAUGGGGAGGGAAUGGAGGUCAAUUUGGCGGGAAAAGAUGGAGCAGAGCAAGUGGUCAAGCAGGAAAAGAAAAGACCGAGGAGGAAACUUCUUAUGAGAGUGCAUCCGUCUGCCUUCCUCCAGGUCUGGAGCGAGAUUUUGAAGGUUGCCAAGAUCCAACGGCCACAGGUCAUGGUGGAGGAUCUAAGGUUCGAGAUUGGUAGCAUCGAAAUUGUUGGACCUGGAUCUACUGAGGCAUUGAUUGGUGCUCUUCAUCCAUCGCAAGCUUCCGAGCAAGCUGCCAGGGUUACUGCAAAGAACCUCGCAGAAGAUGAAUGGGUGGACGUUGGAUCGGCGGAGGAAGUCUGGCCUCAGCUUGCAGCAGUCACGAAUCCAGCCUGUUUACCCACCAAUGUGAUGUUAGGCUUCAACAUCUCAGACCCACGGCUACAUUAUCCACCACGUACUGUCCCGCAGCCUGUCUUCGAGGUGGCCAAUGAAACAUUGCCAGAGCUACUGUCAUCAUGGCCACCUGACCAGGCCCAAGCCACGCCUGACAUGUUCGACCGGACGAAGCGGCUCACGGCUUCUCGUCAAUUAGCCAGCCAGAAAGCCAUCAACCGCCGUAAAGGCGAGGCGUUGCCAGGAGGAUACCCCAAUCCAACUCCCAAGGACCCAAAGAUCCCUGUCCUACUCCUAGCAUCUCGUCCACGCACCAAAAAUGGUCAAGGCACGUGGACCUUGCUUCUCCCCUGGGACUGCGUCCUUCCCGUCUGGUAUUCUCUGAUGCACUAUCCUCUCUCCACUGGCGGAAACCCUCGCUUCGGCGGUCUGCAAGAGAAGAAGCAGGUGUCUUUCGAGCAGGGCGUACCCUGGUUCCCUGGGGACUAUCCUGGUACGAAAGCAGGGUAUCAAUGGGAACUGAUGGAACGAGAAAGAAAGAAGCAGGAGUGGGAGCGGCGGCCAAAAGGCAAGAGGACGGAAUGGGACAAAGUAGAUCUUGGGGAAGGGAGGAAAGGAGAACUCGGUAUGGGUUGGGCCUGCGACUGGGACCGUCUUUUCCAAGGCCCUUCGUCGCCGGCCCGUACAGAAGCUGCAGAGAAAUACUCUUCAGCAGGACCUGAGAAAGCUGCCGCAGACGCAACCAAACCUGCUCCGCCUCCGCCCAAAGACCAACAGCCAGAGCAAAUCCCCACCGAGGCCCCAAACCCACCCCUCAAGAUCCACCACCUCCCUAACCCCCCCUCAACCACGCCUCUAAUCCCACCUACAGCUCUCUCCCCAGUCCACAUCACCCUCCUCACAGCCGGCCACCCUACUCGCAGCGCACGCAUCUACCGCCUCCCGACCAGCAACCCCGAGAUGCGCGCAAAAUGGCUCGCUCUGGCCAACCCACCUAAAGCCUCAAAGGGUGCUCGACACUCACGGCCACCACCUCCGAAGCAUGUCCCGCAGCAUGCUCGUGUUGCCAACAACCUUGCCGCGAGCCUUCUCAGCGGCAGCGUCGCAUCCCCCGAGACGGCGUUGCCGAAAGCGGGUGAGAAGGAGUAUCCGCCGGUCCCGGAUGAGGUCGAUUUGAUCGGCUUCGUGACGACGGGUAACUAUCAUCUGGGCGAAGGCAGGUGUGAGGCGAUCGGGAAUGUGGCCGUGGCGAGGGUGGCCGGCGCGGACGAGGAGGGAAAGCAGGCGAACGCGAGGAAGCUGUGCAUCAUCAGAGAAGCCGGGCAGGGUUUGGGCAGGUUGGCUAGAUGGGAGUUUUGUGUGAGCUAG